AUGCCUCUUCUUCGCACCGUUGACCUUGACAGUCUGCCAUCAGCGAUCGGGCAGCAUAAGGAGGGAGGGCAUGGAGUGCAGCGAGCUAGCGGGAUGCUGAAGAAGCAAUGGUUGCGCAAACACGUGAUGCUUCGUCCUUGCGCCAUCGCCAUCCUCAUACCUUGGAAAGCGGCGGACGAGGCUGGCGACCUGCAUCAGCUCAAACAGCAGGUGGCUCUCGCUGAGCAGGAGGUAUCGCGUCCAGGCGUUCGAGUGGUGCUGGCGUUGGUGGUGGAGGGAGCGACGCCGACGGACGUGGAUCAACGGUUUGAGCUGCUGCUGCACAGGCUGGAGUACCAGCGAUCGCUUGCUGCCCUCGUCAUCCGCCACCCUGAGUUUGCCUUGCGUCUGAGCGCCGAGAAGCUUCAGCACAAGCUGAUGGAUGCUGCCUGGCUGCUGUUGGACGAGGCAUGUGCACGGGCCAGGACGAAGCUCUUAUCCUUCAACCGCCAGCACCAGCUUGAGCUCAUCGUCCGACAAGGCAUCAAGCUCGCGUUUUACCUGGAACACAAGGAGCGAUCAGCCGCGCUGAAGCAGUUUCUCCUUUCCUACAGUGACGUCUGCGAUGGCGUCGGGCAUGUGGUGAUGGAAAGAUUCGGAGAAUUCAAACGAGUGGCAGAAGUGCUCAACGUGAAGAUCUGCCUGCUGCUCAUGCAGCUGACCUCUCCCCAUGACGCGCAGCAACAAGUGUUCCGACAUAUCAACUUCUGGAACAUCUUUCAAGGAGAGUCUCUCCCCUCCCACCUCGCCUGGAUGUCUCGCCAGCACUUCCUAUUCGCAAAGCUUCUGGAUGAGGCAGAGGCUUCCGACGGCUCCUCCUCGAGAAUCGACUCGGGUAUCCACUGGGAGGCUUGUGCUCGCCUGCUGCUUCAGCGCAAGCAAGCGCUGAAGGCGACGAGCGACAAGUCAGGCCGAGACGACAAUGCGGUUGAAUGCGCUCUCUUCUGGGGACAGAAGGACCAGGAGGAGCUGAAGAACGAGGAGAUGGAACGACGAGUUGACCUGCUGAGCGAAGCACGAGAAUGCUUCAAGCGAGCCAGGGAGAAGUACAUGCAGCAAAAGCACCCGAGACGAGAAGUGGCAGUACAGCUGGCAAUGGCAAAGUCGCUCUUGGAGUCCGGGAGUAUGCAAGAAGCCCAGGAGGAGCUUACGAGUCUUCUGCUUGGUCCGAUAGUAAAGGAUCGCUGGUUUGUGCUCGAGCAAGAAGUCCUCCAACUGCAGUGGAAGCUGGACACCAGCAGGGCGCUAGGAGAUCUCGAGCUCUUGGUGGCAACGAGCCUGAAGCUGCUGGAGGAGCGACUCCAGCUGGGUCUUGACCGCAGGAGGAGGUUGCAGGAGGACGUGCAGCUGCUUGUCAGCGGCUUUCCUCUCGAGCUGCCCCAAAGCUCGUCGCCCCCUCCCACCAAGGUGGACCUGAGCUGGGCUAACCUACGAGCUCCCGUGCUGGUCUCCCUCCCUCCUUCCCUCCUCUGCUUCUCCCUCUCUUUCAGCUCGUCGACCUUCACCGUCGGAGAGCAGCUGACAUUCAAGCUGGAACUCAGCUCAGCCCUCCCUGCUCCUCUUCGGCUCUCCGCCCUCGUCGCUCGAUGCACAGACAGCAACUACAACUUCCUGCUCUCUGCCGUCGAGGUUGACGAUCGUGAACUGCAACUUGAGGAGGAGGAGCAGGUCAAGCAUCGUAUCCGCAUCGAGCAUGAGCUGGAUCUCGUGCCGGGCAGCUGCUGGAAGAUUGACUGUGCGCUUCCUGCCUCUCUUCCUGCCUCGCAUCUCGGCAUCAGGAACGUCACGCUCGUCUGGGGAGCACCGCCUGCUUGUAUUCUUCUUCGGACAGAGGAGGGAGCGCGAGGUCGCGGGGGGCAGGAGCACGCGGAGCAAAGGGAGACGAUGGUGAUGGCGGCAAAGCCGGACGCCAAGGUCGCCAUGGUCUGCCAUCCUCCGGCUCUCCUCGGCGAGCUCUUCCCUGUCGCUCUCCGCGUGCUCUCCUCCUCCUCCUCUCAGCUCCGCGCUGGCCGCCUCAAGUGUCGUGUGGACAUGACAGACGUGCAGGGCAGGGCGCAGGUGCAGCUCUUUGCGGCGAAGGCAACGGGGAGACAGGAGGGAGGAGGGAGCGAGCUGGAGUUGGAGCUGCCAGUGGUGGACGGAGGUGAAGAGCACGUGGAGGUCUUGCACUUGAAGGUGGUGGAGGAGGAGGCGAUGCCUUCGCUGGACGUGCUGCAGUUGGCGCUACGUGCGGAGCUGCAGCAUGAGGGAGACAGCGGGAAAGUUUCACGAGUGGAGCAGCAGGUGGAGGUGGAGGUAGAGAAGCCCUUUCUUCUCACCGUCCUCUACGGGGCUUUGUCUCAUGCUGACAGCCUCCUCGUACACCAACCCACAGCAGACGUCACCCCAUCCUCUUCUGCUCCCUCCUCCUCCUCCUCCUCCUCCUCCUUCUCAGCCUCCCCGGCUGCUGCCUCAUCCUCUCCGAAUUUUGUGCUUCGAGGGGAGUCGGUGAUCGCUCGUGUGAUCCUCGAGGCACUCUCUCCAGCUGCACUGCUGCUGGAGGAAGCUUCCCUGCAGCUCGGAGAGGAGGAGCUGCGUCCUCUCGGCGAGGAAGUUGGGCUUCGUGCCGAGGCAGGCGGGGGAAGCAAGUCCGGGGAAGUUGAGCCUUCGAUGGUCGAGGAGGAGAGACGAAGGGGCUGA